UUUAUGAGGUUAAUGCUGCCCUGAGUGCAGUUCAUGACUGUUGGGAGAGGCGUGCUUUCAGUCAUGUCCGCCAGAAAGGGAUUUCUUGGUUAAAUUGAGAGUUAAAAUGAAUAAAUUCCCGACAGAAGGGGCUUCCUGGCAGAAGCGCAGUGGUCAGACCCAAGACGUUCUUGGAUAACCAGAUAACCACCUAAACGGUAGCUAUGUUUAUGGUUUAGCUCCCACCGAUAAUGGCCAGGCUGAGCUCGGAUUUAGAAGACCAGCUUCUUGUCUUAAAUCGUGUUGUAGGCUAUGAGUGUGGGUGAUGGAGGACGGUCACUGUGGGGACGUGGACUACCUGAUCCAAGAUGAGGACACCCUCAUCGAAGGUGUCAGCAACCAGGUCUUAUUUGUUGUGGUGCUCAGUGUCACCUUCCUUGCAGGCCUCCUCACUCUUCUCUGCAGACAAGAACAGCAGAACAUUCAUCCAGAGAAUCAGGAGCACGUUCGAGCUGUCCGACAACAACUCCAAACAGAACAGGAUGAAAAUCCUCAGGCGGAGGCCAGGCAGCAGUAUUACACAGACAUGUCUUGUCCUGUGUGCUUACAGCAGGCUGUUCUGCCUGUGGAGACCAAUUGUGGACACCUGUUCUGUGGCUCCUGCAUUAUAGCUUACUGGAGGUAUGGCACGUGGCUGGGUGCCAUUAACUGUCCUAUCUGCAGACAAAUGGUUACAUUGCUUUUCCCACUAUUUCAUGAGCACGCCGAUCCUCAGAGGGUCCAGGACGGCGAGGCAGAGCCUCAGCUGAUAUUAGCAGACAUUAACGAUUACAACCGCAGGUUCUCAGGCCAGCCAAGAUCUUUUAUGGACAGGCUGCGAGAUGUGCCCACUCUGCUCCGUCAUGCCUUCAGGGAGAUGUUCUCCGUUGGCGGCCUCUUCUGGAUGUUCAGAAUUCGAAUUCUUCUCUGCCUAGUGGGAGCAAUCACCUACCUGGCUUCACCGCUCGACAUCCUCCCAGAGGCGCUUUUUGGCCUCCUGGGAUUCAUGGAUGAUUUCUUUGUGAUCCUGCUUCUCUUUGUGUACAUCUCUAUUAUGUACAGAGAGGUGGUUACGCAGAGACUGAAUGGUUAGGAGUUUACUCAUAAAAGACUCCUCGAUUUGCUCAUACCAACAUCGGAAGGAGUGAUCGCAGCAUCUGAACAAUAUUGAUCAAUACUGCUGGUUCUCUCUGCGAGGUUUACUUUGGAGCCUAAGGUGUUACUUUAUCACUGGAGAGGGGUUUGCAAAAGAGUGAACUCUGAAUGUUGGCUCUGUAUAUAGAAUUUACGAUUAAAGGUUCAUAGAUUGAAUGACAUAGAGGCGAACAACAGUACAGCACAAAGAUGGCUGCGUCUGGCUCUGCCAGACUCUGAAAUAAGCCAGGAAAUUGUUUUGGUCCAUUCAGGUACUUAAGCAGCACCCCUAAUUGAAUGACCAGCAUCCCUACCGGCCAAUUCUAAGAAUGCAUUGCCAAAAACAGUUAAUUAGUUAAUGUGCAUAUCAUCAUACUGGAGACAAUUGUGUAACAUAAUGUGAUCUUGAAUGUAUUGUAUUAAUGACAUUGUCUUGAUUAUGUGCAUUUAAAGAUCCAGAUUGUCAACGACAAUUUUGUGUUACUGGAACUACCUUCCUGUUGCUAUUACAGCUUAUUUGGCCAAUUAAACUGAUGAUGCACGUAUUUUAGUAACUAUGCAUCUUCAUAAUGACUCAAACUGCUUUUCAUGCUUGUGGGAAAAUCCCUUAAUCACUUUCCUUCCAACUCGUUACAUUUAUUGCUGGAAUCUAAACCUUUCUGCAUGGGUUCAUGUGAGCUGACGAUGCACAGGACAACCUGAGCAUUGCAUGAAAACUUCUCAAUUGUCAGAUAAUUGAUCCUAAAAGAAAGACAAACCAAAGGCAUCAAAGAGUAAUUAUAGAUAAUGUUGAAUGUAAAUUUGCUCAACUUAUAAAUGUUUACUUACCUUGCCACUGGUGAGUUUGGAUAUUUGUCUUCUGUACAGUCCUUAUCAGACUCUGAGUCAGUGAGUGAACAACUCUGAACACCACAAAGCUUUUUAGAUUCUUCAAUAAUUUUUUGAAGCAUCCUA